AUGCCCCCCAUGGCAUUAACAGGAAUAGUCACUAAAGUCGGCUGCAUGCACAAGACAGCCACUGUGACUGUUUCACGCCAUGUCAUCCAUAAAUUAACCGGAAAACGCAUUGAACGAAGCAAAAAGAUUCUAACACACGACGAACAAGAAGUCCUUCGAUUGAACGAUGCCGUGUUAAUACGAAACUGCCCUCCAAUAUCCGCGCGGAAACGCUUUAAACUGGAAAAGAUCUUGAAGAGUCCAGAGACAGAGCGGGAUUUGGCACACAUGCAGGCUGCACAACAGUCAUAA